UGCAGCUGAUUACAUACCCAUACUUUUGUAUGAACUUCGUCGUCGUCUCAGUAGCUGUGAAGGCAUUUUCAUAAUGCGACGGUUCCUUGUCAUUCUUGGUAAAAACUAUGUACUGUUUUACCGAAGAUGGAUCCCGACCCUUGUCAUCAUCCUGCUUCCAUUGCUACUGGCAUUCACCUUGGUUUAUCUGCGUUCGAAAUACACCAGGUCGGAAAUUUCACACCCGACCUAUUGGGACGCCUUUAGACUCAAUAUUCCAUCAGCUGAAUUAUUUCCUUUCGCCCCGCGCACUCUGCUCUACGCUCCCAAUGUAUCUUUCUUCAAUGAAGUUAUGCGUGUAAUGCGGUCAGAGGUAGCCGUAUUCACAACCGGCUUCCCCGAUGCAUCCUCCCUUCUUAACUACUUGAAUGUGAAUUCUAGACGCCCCAAAUCUAUCAUCGGAGCGGUUAUUUUCGAUCGCCUUUCCCCCACCAAUGGUGUUACUUACUCCCUUCGUUUGCCAAAUGCCGUGGACUGGUCUACUCGCUCUUUGUAUCCUAAGUUCGCCGUGGGAACACCGCGUACUCUUGACAAAUGUGCCUCCCCUCCUGCUUACUGUCAUUCUAGCUUUCUUGCCAUUCAGUCGGCCCUUGACCGGGCUUUGACAAACGUGCUUUGUGGCGAAAAUCUGUCCAUGGUAAACUUUGACUUUUCAUUGAAGCGGAUGCCCUAUCCGCCUUAUUUGGAUGAUCCUUUCAUCCUCAUUAUUCAGAGACAUUUGUCUUUUGUGAUCGUUUUGGGGUACCUGUUUCCUGUCUUACACGCGAUUCGAUGUGUAUUGUUAGAAAAGCAGCAGCGUAUGAAAGAAACGCUUAAGAUGUUGGGCAUGAGUAGUGCCGUUCACUGGUUUACAUGGAUCAUGGCUUAUCUCACACUGUUUGCUUUAAUGAGUGCGGCCCUCACAGGAGUACUCUGCAUCUCAUUUUUUGGAGGCGGACCAGUUUUACCACUAUCCAAUCCAUUCUUGAUCUUUCUACUUCUUAUGUUAUAUGCUCUCAGUUUGCUCAGUUUUGGUAUGGUUUUGACCACACUAUUCGAUUCACCUCACACGGGCACUGCCAUAUCGUGUGCUAUACUGAUCAUUAUCUUCCUGCCAUUCCUUCUGCUGGACCAACACUACAGUGAGCUGAACCUGGCCCUCAAGUUGAUUCCAUCGUUUUUACCGAGCGUGGCUAUGGGUUUUAUCUGUAUGCUAAUAGGUCAUUUCGAAGGUGCAGGCUUGGGAGUGCAGUUCUUCAAUCUUUUCAUACCUGCCAACCCCGGAGACAAUUUGUCAGUGCAUGUGCUUUGUAUCGUCCUUUUGGCACAGGCCGCCGUAUGUGUUGCGUUCACCUUUUACCUCGAUGCUGUUUACCCAGGAACUUACGGCGUACCGAAACCGUGGUAUUUCCCAUUCACGUGUUUGUGUAGACGACGGCCGACUGUUUCACUGCUACUUGAAGUUAAUCCCGACACCGGUACAAACCCCGAUAUUGCAGCUCCUCAUUCGAGCUCCCCUCAGGGGGCACAGAAUCUUUUCUUUGAAUCUGGCGUCGUUCCAACCUCUGUGAACAACAAUCCGAGCUCGGGUUUCUCUUCGUUCCCUUCUUCAUCUUCACCACUGUUUUCGGACGUCGACUACGAUCCAUCUGAGGUUCGGCGGUACUUUGCAUCGGAGCCUCUUGACCUACCAGUUGGGAUAUCACUUAGGAAAUUGCGGAAGGUUUACAAGGUGAAACAGACAACAAAUGUGGCCGUCGCGGGUCUCACCAUGAACCUCUUUCAAGGUCAGAUAACCGUAUUGCUGGGCCACAACGGAGCGGGCAAAACAACCACACUUUCCAUUCUAACCGGACUUUAUCUUCCAACUAGUGGCACCGCAUUCGUCAAUGGCCAUGAUAUUCGAACCGAUAUCGAGGGUGUUCGGAAAAGCCUGGGAUUCUGCCCGCAACAGGAUGUGUAUUUUGAAGACCUGACGGUGCGGGAACACUUGAUUAUGGUAGCACGCUCUGUUCAACAUGUGUCUUCUUUCACCUCAGCGCCUUACUGGCUAUCCAACUACCUGUGGGAUAUGCUGCUCUUUCUCAUCGCUUGCGGUGCUAUGUUGGCUGCCUUCGCCUUCUUCAAUCUGGAUGCGUUCAGUGUCAAAAGCCGUCUUAGACUGGUCGCCUUUUUGUUUCUGGCAUACGCUUGGGCUGUGUUGCCUGAAAUGUACCUCCUUGCACGCUUCUUCAAAUCGCCUACAUCUGGCUUGGUCUGGCUUACUGUUUUCAACGACUUCACUGCGGUGUUGGCGCUGUUGGUCGCCGCCUUGCUGAAUCACCCUUUAAUCCGCCAGCAGACCCUCUCCUAUUCCUUGAGUUACUGGUGCAUCAGCAUUUCACCAACGUUCGCUGUGUCCGAUGCUAUUUUCGUUUUGUUCGAGAAUUAUGAAUUCCGGAAGAUCUGUGCUAACCCCAUGAUCGAUAUCCUUUGCUAUUAUAUUCCCACUAUGCCUUGUUGUCUAAAAACCUGCGAUCCAUUCUGUGCUUACUGGACUUCCAAUGAUAUCUCAUUCGACAAAGGUGGUAUUGGUUUCCAUCUAACCGCCAUGGUUGUGCAAGGUUUUAUUUUUGGCUUCCUCGUUCUCUUUUUGGACAGCGUGGUGGCUCUUCGUCUGAAGUUAUACGUCAGAUCACUUUGUGCACGAUUAUUAAUGAUGUGUUUUGCUUGCGAGAAUUGUUAUUCACUGUCGGGCGCUUCUGCUACCAACCCGCUGGAUGAGGCUGAGAAAGCUUUGAUUGUAGAAGACGAUGAUGUGAGCCACCAUCGCCAUUUGGUCGAAUCUAUGCCACUGAACCGCCUGAAGGCACAAACAAGUUUGGCGUUGCGUCGGGUGACCAAGGUGUAUGGAUCCAUCGGUCCUGCUGUCGGCACUCAUCUUAAGCCCUCUGUGGACCGAGUCUCUUUGGCUGUUUUACCUGGCGAUUGUUUUGGUCUGUUAGGCGUCAAUGGCGCAGGCAAAACCACCAUGUUUCGUAUGAUCACCGGUGACCUCGAUCCUUCAGAUGGCCAAAUCCUGGUCAACGGAUUCCAGCUGAAUCGAAAUCUGCGCGAUGUAAGUGGUUGA